GGGCAUCGCGGCACCCGGGAAACCCGCAGAAGCUGCAGGUGGAUAGGGUAUAGCUUUUUCAUUUUUGUGACAGUUUUGCUGAUUGGGGAUCCAGGUGGGUCCCUCAGCAAGGAGGGGCCCGUCUGCAAACGCCUGAGCCCCUGGCAGCGCUCCAGGUCCUCUGUGUGCAGCAGAGCCCUGGCCCUGGCCCAGCUGCCCUUCGGCUCCCGGCGCUGCUCAUCACCACGUGACCUGGGAUGGGGCUCAAGGCCUCCAGCCCCAUUUGGGGCAAGAGCCACAGAGAAUCUUUAGGCCUUUAUACUUUUAUAACGCCAGCUUUUAUGAUGUGUUUGACUCAGAGUGUCAGCUGGCCUUUGAUUCCUAAAGUAGAGGUUGGUAUCUGUGAGUGCUGGGCAGUUGCCUUUCCCUCUGUCUUGUUGACGAGAAGGACUUCAGAUUCAAGUGCUUCAGUGAGGCGUUACAGACCAAGAAUGCCAACAUACUAGGAUUCUGCUGGACCAGUUCUACUGAAAUUGUCUUCAUCACAGAUCAAGGAAUCGAAUUUUACCAGGUGUUACCAGAGAAACGGAAUCUGAAACUCCUGAAGAGCCAGAACAUCAACGUGAACUGGUACAUGUACUGUCCCGAGAGUGCUGUGAUUCUGCUGUCCACCACGGUGCUUGGAAAUGUGCUGCAGCCCUUCUAUUUCCGGGGGCACGUUCCUCCAACAAGAGCCUUGCCACUUCCGACCACUAGAGGGCACCCCGUACCAUCCCAUCACCGCCGAGAAUGAGUCCUUCUGGGGACAGGCCCCUGGGACCCUGGAAAGGAUGGAAAGACAUAGUGCUGGCACUAUGUCAAAGCUGCCCAAGUUUGAGAUCGAAUUACCAGCUGCACCUAAGUCAACUAAACUGAGCCUCUCAGAGAGAGACAUUGCCAUGGCGACGAUAUACGGACAGCUAUAUGUUCUCUUCCUGAGGCAUCAUUCUCGGACCUCCAAUAGUACUGGAGCGGAGGUAGUCCUAUAUCACCUACCACGAGAAGGCGCCUGUAAAAAGAUGCACAUAUUGAAGUUAAACCGGACAGGGAAGUUCGCCCUGAACGUGGUGGACAACCUGGUGGUGGUUCAUCAUCAGGACACGGAGACAUCAGUGAUAUUUGAUAUCAAGCUGAGGGGGGAGUUCGACGGCACCGUUACCCUCCAUCACCCGGUGCUUCCAGCUCGAUCCAUUCAGCCCUAUCAGAUCCCUGUGGCAGGUCCUGCUCCCGUGACCAGCCAGUCCCCCAUCCCGUGUAAACUCUAUUCUUCAUCCUGGAUUGUCUUUCAACCUGACAUCAUCAUCAGUGCGAGCCAAGGUUACCUCUGGAACCUCCAAGUGAAACUUCAGCCCAUAGUAAACCUCUUGCCAGAUAAAGGAAGGCUCAUGGACUUCCUCCUCCAGAGAAGGGAAUGCAAGACCGUCGUCCUGUCGGUGUGCUCGCAGAUGUUGACAGAGUCAGACAGAGCAACGCUGCCUGUGAUAGCCACUGUUUUUGAUAAACUCAACCAGGAGUAUAAGAAGUACCUGGAUGCCGAGCAGAGUUACACGCUGGCACUGGAAGUGGGGCAGAGCCGGAGCGGCCCGCUCCUCAGGAGGCCGGCGCGCACCCAGGCCGUGGUCGACCAGUCUGACAUGUACACCCACGUCCUGUCGGCGUUUACGGAGAAGAAGGAGAUGCCUCAGAAAUUCGUGGUAGCCGUGCUCAUGGAAUAUAUCCGCUCUCUGAACCAGUUUCAGAUCACAGUACAGCAUUAUUUGCACGAGCUUGUCAUCAAGACGCUCGUCCAGCACAACCUCUUCUACACGCUGCACCAGUUCCUGCAGUACCAUGUCCUCAGCGACUCGAAGCCUUUGGCUUGUCUGCUGCUCUCCCUGGAAAGUUUCUAUCCUCCUGCUCAUCAGCUGUCUCUGGAUAUGUUGAAGCGACUUUCCACAGCAAAUGAUGAAAUAGUAGAAGUUCUCCUUUCCAAACACCAAGUGUUAGCUGCCUUAAGGUUUAUCCGGGGCAUUGGUGGCCAUGACAACAUCUCUGCACGAAAAUUUUUAGAUGCUGCAAAGCAGACUGAAGACCGCAUGCUUUUCUACACUAUAUUCCGGUUUUUUGAACAGCGAAACCAGCGUUUGCGAGGGAACCCUAGUUUCACACCAGGAGAACACUGUGAAGAACACGUUGCUUUUUUCAAACAGGUUUUUGGAGACCAAGCUCUAAUGAGGCCUACGACGUUCUGAGGUCACUUGCUAGUUUUUUUUUAUAUAUAUAUAAAAUGUGUACAAAGUUAAUUUAUUGCGUUAAUAAAGCUCUUUAAACUACAA